UCAAAAUUGACUCGUUUUCGUUUUUCUAUCUGCCUGUGGAGGAGUGGUAUUUUCUAUGUAAAAUAACCUAUAAUACUAGCAGCGAACUGGAAAUUAUUAAGUAAAAAUAUUUAAAUAAAUAGUUGGAACGAUGUCUCAGAAAGCUGCAUCAAAAAACCCGAAGUCUAAAUCUACCGAAGAAGUUUUCUCUGGCUUUCAAACUCUUCGGGCUGAACAACGCCAAUUAGCAAACAAAAUUUCUGAGUUAGAAAUGGAUCUCAACGAACACAAAAUAGUCAUUGAAACUCUUCGUGGAGUGGACAAAACACGAAAAUGUUUUCGAAUGGUGGGCGGUGUUUUAGUUGAACGCACGGUUGCUGAAGUUUUGCCUGAACUUGAGAGCAACUGUGAACAGUUGCCAAAAGCUCUUAAAGCGUUGGAAGAACAACUUACCAAAAAAGGUCGCGAGAUUAACGAGUACAUUGAAUGCCACGACAUUCGCCUUCAGCGAGUAGAUCGACCUGCUGCUGAGGCUGCACCGGAGCAACCCUCAAAGUCCAAUGUUCUAGUAGCCAGUGGAUAAUUUUAAUUAUGAUAUUUAAAAUCAAUAUUGUUAUUAAUAAUACUAAUACCUUUCUCGUUUCAAUAUUUGGGACAGAAAUAUGUACUACUUAUUGUACUACCAUCUUUACGACAUGCCAGACAUCAAGAUGUGGAUAAACAAGUAUUACACAAUAUUAGUGACUGAAUGAGGAUGAGAUUGAGCAAGAGCAACGACUAAUGGUAUUGUCUGAAGUAUGAACACAAUUUGCCAACUAAUUGCUGCUGUCUACAUGACAGUGAACUGCUUGUUUUAAUUAUUGUAUUAAAAUUUUGGCCACAAAUAGUUUGAGAAUCACAAUUAUUAUUUUACUGCUUACUGUGUACAUUAUAGAAUUGAAGCAUAGUAGGUACCACCUGUAACUGGUGUAUUGUUCAUGUAUUCAUUUAUUGAGUUUACCCAAUAUUUAACUUGCUAUUUGCUUAUUAAUGCAAUAAAUUUUGUUUAAAUUACUGACCAAAAAGCAGUUUUUAACUUCAUUAGAAAUAAAGGGCUUAAAGGAA